CAUAUGUCAUCAUACACACAUCUGAUUACUGGGAGUUCUCUAACAGAGAGUAUUGUGUUUAGACUUCUUGCAUGUCCUUCAUUGGCCUUCCUGGUGUCUUCUUAUCUCUCAUCAUUAAGUUGUUGUCUUUGGUUCUGUGCUCUGCUGUUUAGUCACUUCCUGUUGUGCUUUGCUCUUUGUUUACUUCUUUUGUUUGUUGUUGUCUGUUCAGGAGUUUGUUCACGAUCUUUUAGAUUCACUUUAAUUAAAACUUCGUUGUGUUUACUUUGUCUGCUCGCUGCAUUUGGGUCAUUUUGGCAAAACUGUGGGAGGAACAUCCUGGAAUCAGCAAAGACUGAGACUGCGCUCACUGUAGGAAACCACAGGCUGCAGCGGAAGAGGAAAAGGGUUUGAGACCUCUGACACGUGGUUUGCUGUCACUCCUGCACCGAUCUGUGAACAUGAAGCUCUCGGCUGGUUUCUGGCUCCUGGCUGUGCUGCUCUUGGCUGCAUCCAGCUUCUCUCAGGAUCAGAUUGUAAAGAAGUACUUUGAGGAUGGCGACACGCUUCAGCUCAGCCCUCAGCCGGUUUCUGAAAAGAUCACCAGCAUCGUGUGGUAUUGUGAUGAAUACCUGCUGGCUGAGUGGGUGAAAGACUUGAUUGAGCUGAGAGAUCACAUCUCGUUUAAAGGCCGAACCACUCUGAACACUGACACGGGAGUGUUGGAGAUCAGGGACAUGACUGCGGCGGACACUGGAGUGUAUUCAGUGGAGAUCAACAACCAGGUCCAGAGUCGGGUUCAUCAGGCUGUGAGGAUUAAAGCAGCGCCUCGGCCUGUGGUGAGUGUGAUGCCGCUGUUGUGUAACUCAACCUCAGAGAGCUGCACACUGAGCUGUGACGGAGACGUCAGCGCUGCUGGGCCUGUCGAGUAUUCCUGGAAGAUCGGAGACGGAGAGUGGAAGCAGUCAGGAACGAACAUGGAGAUCAUCAAUAAUGAGGAAACGCAGCGUGUUACGAAUUUCAUCUGCAGGAUGAAGAACCCAGUGAGUGCGAGAGACAGCAAACCUCUCCCUAACCCACUCUUCCAAAUGCCUUCCUUUCCAUCUUCAUCAUCACCGAUGACGGUCAGUGACGAUACAGAGAAUGAACUGCUACCAAAGGCCCAGAUUACAAAUGGAGUUUAGGCGCUGUGACCUCUGGGGUCGCGGGGGUCUUUGUGGUGGUCGUCCACCU